AUGUAUUUUCAUCAACAGGUACCAGAAGAAGUUGCUUUCUAUCGAUUAUUUCCAUACCUUGAUUUUCACCUGUUGAUCAAAGUUAUUCCACAUGUUUGUUCAUCAUGGCGAAGAUUAGUCAUUGAAAAAUUAGAAACUCUACAUUUCUAUCCGAAUGUCCAGCUCCUAUCUGAAGAAGAACAACCAAAUGUCAUGACAGAAACUAAUGUUCAAACAAAUCUAUUGCCAUUUGUUCGAUACACGAUCAAGUUUGUCCAAUCGAAUCGAAUGACAAUCAAAUAUUUAUUCAUCAAUGGUCAAAUUGAAGAUAUUAUUUGCAGAAAACAGUUUCGUCUAUUCGGAAACUUGAAUCCACUGGCAAGGAAUGAGAAAGUUUUCAUUCCAAAUAGAGCACAGAGAGAAUCAAUUGAAUUUUUCACAAGACUGCAGAGUUUGAAAGGUGGUUACAUUCCAAAUAGUUUAACUGAGCCAGCUCUUCGAAGAUUUACACUUAACUUGUUUAAUAAUGGAACAUCUCCAUAUGGAGAACAGUUAUGGGAAAGUAUGGAUGUUGAAACCAUGGGAGAGUUGGUUAAAAUUUGUAAAGAUACUGAGCUUGUUUCACUUUCAAAUGUAAUUGGGGAUUCUAGUGGGGAUUUAUUGAGAGAUAUUUUGAUGAAAUCAAAAAUUGCAGUCAUUGACAAUACUAGAUUGCCUCGGUACGGUUCUGGACAUUUCGAAUAUUUGUACUUUUCAGAGAAUUUCUACUUUUAUGACAAGCAAGAGUUUGAAUAUAAUGAAUCACGUAAUAAUUUACUGGUUUGUAAAAGUAAUAGAAGAGAUUUUGGGUUAUUAGCUAAAGAAGUGUUCAAUGAGAAGAGUAGGGUGGUAGAUUAUAAUAUAACAACUGAAUUCCUUGAAAGACAUCUUACGGAACAGGAUAUUCGAAAUGCGCUCGAAAAGCUUUGUAAAAAUCUUGCCAAUAAUCCACAAUUGAGAAGAUUAACAUUGGGAUUGGAAUUUUUCAAAUCAAACUUAAUGCAAAAUAUUCCAUUUGAUUAUGGAGGCGUUGGAGGAAUGAUUGAGGAAUUGUAUAUAAGGAUUAUUGGAGAUACUUUUUCGAAAAUUAGAUUGGGUUCUUUCGUUUCUGGAUUUGUUAAUGUGAAACAUUUGGUAUUGGAAGAUGUCAAGUCGAAGGAUUGUCAUCUUGUAAGAGAAUCCAUUUCAGGAAUGAUUCAUCUGGAAACCUUUAGAAUAUCUUUUUAUGAACAUCAAGGUUCUGAUGAUGAGGUGAAAUAUUUCGAGUUGAUUUCUGCUCUUUCAAGAAAUUACAAAAACCUUUCAAAAUUGUUAUUCACAUUCCCAUACAUGGAAUUUCUUGAAAAUGAAAGCUUGCUCAAGACAACACUUGAUGAACCAUUGAGAAUGUGCUGGGUCUCAUUGAAGAAAUUACCUAAUCUAUACAAUGAAACAAUUCUUCAACUGGAGAGAAUUCCAAAACUUGUUUUUCGUACUAAACCAAGAAUUUCAAAUGAUAAUUCUGCAUUGGCUCAAAUUGAUUACGACCAAGAUAUCGACAUUAUUAUAGAACAGAGAAAGGAAUUUAAACAAGCUCUGCAAGAAGCAGAGAUUUCUUGCCCUGGAUGUUUAAAGGUUUUUCCAAGACGGUUAAUAACUGGACAUUUGGCAACUUGUCACAAUCUACCUGAUCUGUGCAAGAAAAAUACCAAUCAGUUGAGAACUCUUUCUGUUUGUCCUUGUUGUAAGGAAGAAUAUCCAACCAAAGAAGUGGAAGAACAUUUACUGAACUGCACAGAGAAACAUUUGAAAUUUAAAUUAGAGGACACAACACUAAGAGAACCACUAUAUCAUGUUGGUUACUAUCCAUUGGAUUUUGUUGCCAACAGUCAAAUUACUAUUAACAAAGCUGUCAAGGUUGAUAAAUCUCCUCCUUACAAACUUCGCAGUAUUACUGUACUAUCUGGUGGUUCUCUCAUUUUCGAUAAUGCCAAUUUAACUUUGCAUGUAGAUUACAUUCGAGUUGAAAGUGGUGCUAGCUGGAUCAUGGGAAGUGCCACAUGUCCAAUUACUAACAAGAUUAUUUUGACAUUCUAUGGUUCUCGCACUACAGAAAGUGAAAUUGGUAUCGAUCCUUUUGAUAACGUUAACAUGGGUUCAAAGGGUAUUGGUUUCUUAUCUGGAUCCAAGGUUCAAAUCUUUGGUCAAGUUGACUCACCAACUUUUACUGAUCUUGCUGUAACUGCAAAGAAAGGUUCUAAUCAAAUCAAGUUGAGGGAAAGCGUAUCAUGGAGAGUUGGCGACUCUAUUGUUAUUGCCUCAUCAGAUUAUGGUGAAGUUUAUGAUUAUAGAUUAGUUAGCUCAUCAUUGGUCAAUUGGAAAAUUGGUAAUUACUUCCCUGAUCAAAACGAAGAACGUGUCAUUACUCAAGUUUUAGACGGUGGUAAAACCAUUGUAUUAGAUUCUCCACUCAAUUAUACUCACUACAGCAAUGGUGCUGAAAUUAGACCUGAAGUUGGUUUACUCUCCAGAAGAAUUAUCUUCCAAGGUGACAACUCAUCUGAUGUUUCACAAUUCGGUGGUCAUUUCAUGGUUCGUUUGGUUACUCAAUUUCAAGUUGAAGGAAUUGAAAUUAGAAAGUUUGGUCAAUAUGGCUUGAUGGGAAGAUAUUCAUUCCAUCUUCACCUCCUGGAAAAUACUGCACAAAACUCAACAUUUGGCACUCAAUACUAUAUUAGGGGAUGUUCUGUUCAUGAUUCAUUCCAGAGAUGUUAUGUGGUUCAUGAUACUAAUUAUUUCCUUCUUGAAGAUAAUGUCUGUUUCAAUGCUAUUGGUCAUGAAUACUUUUUGGAGGAUGGUUCUGAACUAGGUAAUGUGUUCAAGCAUAAUUUGGGAAUUCGUCCAAAACCUGUUUAUGAUUUGACGUAUCGUUUGAUUCCAUCUGAUAGUGAAGUUGCUGUUUUCUGGAUUACCAAUCCAAACAAUUCAUUCAUUGAUAAUCAUGCUGUUGGUGGAAAGCAUUGCUAUUGGUUUACGCCAACUUUCCCAACAGGUGCCAGUGCCUCAUUGUACGCCCCAGGUUCUAUCAAUCCAAGAACUGCUCCACCUAAACCAUUUUCAGGAAAUGUAGCUCACAGUGGACAUAAUGGACUAUUCAUGGAUGAUAUGGAAAAAGCUGAUGGCACAACUGAACAAGCUGGUUACUAUCCAUCUAUUGAGGCUCUCAUUGAUAAUUUCACAGCUUACAAGUUGAGAAAUUAUGGAAUUUGGGCUCGUUGUGGAAAUAUCGUUUUCAAAAACUUGUACUUGACUGAUAAUAUGAGACAGAUGAAUUCUCCACCUGGUACUUCAUACAUUACCGAUUCAAUCAUGAUUGGAGAAUCGGAUAAUAUUGGAGACUAUACUUUGAGACCAAAUGUUGAUAAGGGAAAUAGAACAAGACCAAAUUUAUAUGCCUCAACAACUGUGGUCAUUAAGGGUUAUGAAACUUAUGAUAACGGCGGUGCUGAAUUGUUGAGAAAUGUGACUUUUAGAAACUUUGUCACUGAUCAAUAUAGAAGAGCUGAUGGAUCGAUCACUGGUGUUGCUGCUGGUGCAUGGAUUAGUGGUAAUGAUGCAAUUCAAAACUUUGAAGGUUGUGAAAUUAGAUCAGAGUGGAACAACGCCUCUGUUUGUCCAUUUAUUGGUGAAUCCUACGUUCAAUUUAGAGCUUUGAAUUACAAUAUUACUAGUUCUGUAAUCAUCGAUCCAUAUGGUAUUUCCCAUCCAGAAUAUAUUUCCUACAAUACAAGAAUUCCAAGAAUGUACCUUACAGACCUCACUAGAAACAUCCAAACAAGUACUGCUGGUGGAAUGUCUUCUGGUGGAACUUUCUAUAUGCAAUCCAAUGUUCCAUCACGUGGUUUCUAUGCCAUGAAAUAUGCUUUUGAUCUUCCUCCUCCAAACCCAAUGAGUUUACAAAUGCAAUCUUCAGCUUCUGGCGAUUGGGUUGUCAUGGUCAUUCAAUAUCCAAAAGGUUCUAAAUUCUCUAUAACCUCUACAUCAGAUCCAAAGACUUUGAAAUUGUCCAAUUCAUUCCAAGACGUUGUCAAUUAUCCAACUGAAUAUUAUCAUAAUAUAAUAUUCAAUUCUACUACUGGUCACUUGUAUAUCAAAUUUGAAAAUACCUAUUCCAAAAAUAAUAAGAAGGAAUGGUAUGGAUUUGUUGAUUAUGGUUCAUGGAGUAACUCUAAAGAUAUUGUUAUCACUGCCACUUGUCCAAAUAAUUAUUGUGGAACUGCCAAUCCAAGUCUUCCAGAAAAUCCAAGAGAAACCUACAGAGUUUUCUUGAAGGAAGAUAGAUUUGUUGGUCGAUUGGAAAUGUGUCAACAAAAUUCCAUUACUCCACUAGCAUCUGGAUCGAGUAGUGCAGUUGGUACAGUUUUUGGUUUUCUCAAUUACAAUGACAAGAUGUUAGAUUUGAUUCUGCAUCAUAAUAUGAAUGACAAGGCAACUCUUGUUGAAGUGGGUGUUGGAUCCGUUGGUUCUGUUGAAAGAAUUAUUUCAUAUUCCUAUGUUCCAUCUCCAUAUUCUCAAAGUAGAUUUGGUUUACAAUUAUCUCAUGGUGAAUGGGUUGACUUGUUGAAAGGAAGAAUUUUUGUAAAGGUUUCAAGUUCUGAAAAUCCAAAGGGACAUUUGAGAGCCCAAUUGUAUUGUAGUGGAACUUGUAAUUUACCACCAUUUGUUAUUACUACUUCACCUUGUGUUGUAAAGAAUGAGUCAGAGGCCUUGUAUCUGUACAAUGAUGGAGAUCCUUCCAAGUCAACUGGAUUUACUGCACAAGUCUAUUCCAAUUCAGGUAGUGGUGAUUAUGUAGUUUCGAAUACAUCCUACUCUAUUAAUCCAGUAUGUGGAAGCUCAUCAUUCUACAUGAGUUUCAGAAGAGGUGGAUUACAAUUGUACAGAUACACUUCUUUUGCUGUUGAUACUUCCAUUUACAAGUAUUUCGAAUUCUUUGUGAGAGAAACUAAUAGCAGUGGCUCUUUUGAAUUGACAAUGAGCUUUGCUUCUUACAAUUCAAAUACCAAACAAUUUACAACAAUCAAAACUCUGACAACUAACAGCACCUAUACUCAAUUCUACAAGAUUGAUGAAACUCGUCUCACAAGAGUUAGAAUUCCACUCUCUGACUUGAGUUUUACAGGAGUUCAACAAUUCCAAAGAUUUUCCUUCUAUUUCUCUGGUACCAUCACUGCUACAAGUCCGUACAGAGAUUUGAUUGUGGAUAAUGUAAGAUUUAUUGGUGAUCAGGGACAAGAAGAAACCUCCAGAUUUAUCACAUCAGGUGAAAUUAAGAAAUGGGGCUCUGUUUCUACAUGUGGUGUUUCAGAAAGUCCAGACAAGGAUCCAAUUAAGGUUUCCUCAUUGUUCUUUGAUGUUGCCACAGAGACAAGACCUUCUGCAGAUCCAACUGUUGAACCUGAUACUACUGUUCAGCCAGGUGCCUCCAAUUCAGUGAGUGGAUUUUCAAGCCCACAAGUUCCAAGAGCUUCUAUUAUUUCACAUUCUCAUUCUUUGAAGAUGGUUGGUGUAUUGAUGAUUGCUUUGGUUGUUUCCACAUUAAACUUUGUUCUCUAA